GGAACCAGAAGGCCGGGGUAGAGCUUCCUGACAACUACUUGUACAUGGUUAGGUACCGUCACAAGCAUGAAGUGUACCAGUAUGUUGCCACCUCUCACACCAGCGUACAGAUACACAACCUCAAGCCCUUCACAGAAUACGAAGUAUCGGUGCAUGUUACGGACGGAAGGGAAAACUCAACAUGGAGCAUGUCAUCUCUGAUCUUGACCCACGAGUCAGCACCUGCCACGCCACCAACGGACCUGACUGUUCUCAGCGACACACAGGACUCCAUUGCCAUCAAUUGGCAGCCCCCAACACAGGCUAAUGGAGUCAUCACGGGCUACACGAUUCUCUACGCCACUAACAAGACAUGGGACAACAGAGAUUGGACAGUCAUGCAGGUGCAAGGUGAAGAUCUGUCGACCCGCCUGAACAGUGUGAAGCCAGAGCAGACGAAUUACUUCAAGGUGCAGGCUCGGAACAGGAAGGGUUAUGGACCAUUCUCUAAUGUUGUUGCUUUCACCACCUCGGCAGCAGCUCCAGGUACUGCACCAGCAGACAUCACCGUGACAGUAGCAGAUGACAAAGGUGACACUGCUCUGAUCAACUGGCAACCUCCAGCCAUUCCUAAUGGCGUCAUUACAGGCUACCUGAUCUACUACUCCACGGAUGAUACCAAGCCGGAGCGGGAAUGGGUGUUGGAGGCCGUGCUGGGCGACACUCUGACCUCCACCAUCACUGACCUCACUCCCUGCACCAAGUACUUCUUCAAGAUACAAGCACGAAAUGAGGAGGGGUACGGACCUCUAUCUCGCUCAUCCAUGGUCAGAACAUCUGGCACAGGGGAUGUAAUCUGCUCACCGGGAGACGAGAGCUUCGUACAACGAGUUACCCCCAGUAGGUCUGAAGGCCCGCAAGAUUACUGCUGAAUCAGCACUUCUCACCUGGAAAGACACUCACAAGAAAGGACACUCACAUGAAGACGUUGAGUACAUUGUCCGGUACAAGAGUGUAAAACCUUCUCUGGACUCCCGCUUUAAGAACCUAUCUGUUCAUGACCCGUUCGUUGUGAUCAUGGAC